AUGAGACAAGUUCCUUAUGCUUUUGUAGUGGGGAGUCUCAUGUAUGCCAUGCUAUGUACUCGACCAGAUAUCUGUUAUUCAGUUGGCAUGGUCAGCCGAUAUCAAUCAAAUCUAGAACUUAAACAUUGGCAAGCUGUAAAGUAUAUUCUCAAAUAUUUACGGAGAACGAGAGAUUAUAUGCUUGUUUACCAUAGUGAGGAUUUGAUUCUCAUUGGCUAUACAGAUUUAGGUUUUCAAUCAAAUCUAGAUUUUAGAAAAUCCACUUCAGGAUGUGUAUUCAUCUUGAGAGGUGGAGCCAUAAGUUGGAGGAGUACUAAGCAAUCUUGUAUUGCGGACUCCAUCAUGGAAGCUGAAUAUGCCGCUACUUGUGAAGCGACAAAAGAAGCUGUAUGGCUUAAGAAAUUCCUUUUUGAUCUUGGUGUAAUGAGAAUGGAGCAAGUUCCCAUCACAUUAUUUUGCAACAAUAGUGGAGUAGUUGCACAAUCCAAAAAUCCAAGAAAUCAUAAGGGAAAGCACAUUGAGAGAAAGUACCACAUCAUUCGAGACAUUGUUGCUCGUGGAGAUGUAGUGGUUGCAAAGAUUGAAAGUGCACACAAUCUAGCAAAUCCUUUUACCAAAGCCUUGCCUCAAAAGACUUUCGAGUCACAUUUGGAGGAAAUAGGAGUUAGAUUAGUGCACAAUAGUCUUUAG